UCCCGCGAUGGCAUGUACCGAGAAGAUUUCAGCGCUGAAAGAUUUCUCAACCUCAGACACCGCGUAAGGCUUGAUGACAACUACAAAGUGGAGGGUGACCAGAGAGUCUACACGGUCCCUUUUGUGCUCGUCGUCCCCCCGGGUCUCGACCGGACCAGCGACCGGGCGGAAGACAAGUGCAGGCCGCUGCCACCGUCCUUCGACAUCCAGCGCUCGGCGCUCACAGCCUGGAGUCCGACCGUGCCACCGGCAGUCUUUAUAUCGUACUCGUUGCGGGCUUCCGUGGCGUACUCGGCCCCUCCCGGAGACACAGCGCCUGGCCGUACAAGGUCUACCGACAUUUUCCAUCCCCUGACCUGUCUCCCCUACAUCGAGACACAGCCCCCCAUUGAGACCAGCUGUUUUCCUGACGAAUAUGUCCUCUCCGCUAGACAGGCCGUCUGGGGGUCGUUCGUUGGCCGCAAGUCAGGGCACGUCACGUUCGAGACGCUGGAGCCCCCACCUCUAGUCUAUGACUCCGAACGGCUCUCCACGACAUACUGCACUUUGAGGAUCACUAUCGACGGCCGCUCGUCCGAUCUUCAUCGUCUUCGGGCCGCCUCGAUCAAGGUCGACCCAGUGCUCCAGAUCAGGACCUACUACAGCGGGACGAAGCUGGCGGGGACCCCGCACAAGGAUUCUAUAGAAGAGUCGGGAAGAAUUCGGCUACACACCGAGACGGCCCAACUCGAGGCUCAUAGCUUCUCGUCCCUGCAGUGGAGCAUAAGAGACGCACGGCGGGGGAGCGCGGCGAGUGUUCCUCUCAUCCGGCCGAGCGGCGAUUCGGUGCGGGAAGGGGCGCGUUCGCUAGCCGGUGACACUGAGGGGGGGGACAUACCAUGGCACACCACUGCCACUGUUCCCAUCAAGCCGCCCCUGAGGUUGCAGCCGAGUUUCUGCAGCGACUUUGCGGCCUCUUCAUACGCCGUCAUCGCAAAGGUAUCCGUUGGAGGCGUCUACGCCAAGUCGUCGUACCUCUUCUUCCCGCUCCAGGUCGCCUACCCGUGCUCCGCGCGACGAGACUCGUGGCAUGCAGCCGCUGGGCGCCAGAGACACGCGCCGUCACCGGCGCCCGAAGAUGACGUGUGCUGCUCCGCUGUGGACGCAGACAUGCAAAGUAUCAACGACCCAAUGCCACCCCCCUAUGUGGCGCAGUGAGGAAGUUGGACAGGUCAAGGACGUGCAGUCCGACGGGGCAAGACAGAACUUGGUUCACGACGGGAACAAUGUCAAAGUCCCCCCUGCCCACCGUGUCCCUCUGGCGGAACUGCUGGAGGUGUUGGAGAGGUGUGGUCAUAAAAGUCCCGGGUAAGAAAUUCACUCGGCCAUCAGAUCACUCACGGCCCCGAAUUUGAUCUUGACUCCGGCGCCGGCGCCAGCGGAGCCAGGGCACGGGGGCCCUCUGGGCACCGCAUGGUACAGCAUGGUACAGCAU